CCCUCAGGUUUCUCAGGUACAUUCACACGCUCCCAUUUGCCGUCCAUCCUCCUCGUUCCACCCGACCAUCCCAGCGCCAUGGGGCUUCCACUCCCGCCCUCUCCCACCUCUUCCACUUCUUCUCCUCCCCUCCUCCCCCCCCCCCCGGGCCCUGGCUCAACUUUUUCCUCCUCCCAACUCCCACAACUUCGUGCACUUGCUCCCGCACCGCCAUCCGCCGCCGCCCACCACGACCACGACCACGACGGCCGUUCCACCGUAACCACCACACACACCACUUUGUUGCUUCCAAAGUCGAGAUAUUCGGGAUAUUGAAUGGAAUUUUGACACGAAGCACCACCAACCUCCGGCCGGCAUCCGAAACCUAACCCACCGUGUCCCGGCCUCCAUCCAUUUGGAUUUGGCGCAAAUUCCAAUCAUCACGCCAGGGAACGAGUUCAAGGCUUUGAACGGAUGCAGCGCAGCAUUGGAUCCAAAAAGUCUUCAAUCAGCCUUGCAGCAGCAUCGAGACCACCUCAAGUGUAGGGCGGUUGUUCGUCUCAAACAUCUAGACUCAUCGUCUAGACACGUGCAAGGCUGCUCGGCCUUGCUCUUCGCUCAAACUAACCCCCGUCAUCUUUGGGGUCUGACUUUCCGGCUUCUACGUCGGUUCUCUUCCUUUCUCCUCCUCACUCAAGGUCAUUAUUAACUCGGCUUCCUCUUGAGAUUUCGAGGAGCGAGCUUUCAUCAUGGUCCUAUUCAAAAGGAAGCCGGUGCAGUUUCUGACUGUCCCGAAUAUUGAAGAUGACAACCAAGAGGUUUGGCACAUCCCUCAGACGGGAGAGAUCUUCGUAACAUAUGAGGAAUACCUCAACCGCAUGGACUUCUACAAUCAGAAACGAUUCAUCUGCACAAUCACAGGUCACUCUGGUCUAACUUUCUUUGAAGCCCUAUCAAGUGAGACUGCUGGGGCAGCUGAGGUUGAGCAGGCGUUUCCUGAGGCCCUCAAGGGUCCUGUUCUUCGACGUGUUCAGUUCCAAACCGUGUCUCGCAUCGACACUCUGGUUGAUCAGAUUUACGAUGAGUUUAAGAACGACUACUAUCCGGGUGAGACCGUUACCGUGAGCAUCGAUGGAGAGAAACUACACGGUGUAGUCCGGGACAAGACUCGAUUCGGAGGCACGGUUCUGCCUGAUGGUUCCACUGCUCCCCCGUAUUCCCGCUACUUUGUCAGUCUUAAAGAGCGCCAGGAGGAGGUGCCCGUCAACGACUCUCAGAUCUUCCGCGAUCGCAAGGUCUUCACCAAGUCGGUCCUUCGUUCUUUCAUUAAGAAGACAGUAACGCGCGAAGCUUGGAACGGCGCUCCCUGGCUGGUCAAGACCGACAUUGCCGAGCGAUACCACAUUGACACUCGAAUCCCGCCACAUCUGCGCUACGACAACAAGUUGCUCGAGAGAAAGCAAAUCCAGGCACAGAAGAGGAUGACGCAGCCCGGCGGUAUGGGUAUGGAAUUCAACAGCCACACCAGCCACAACACCCCUGCCUCACCCGGACAAUUUAGUCCUACAGGUCCUGUCCGCCUUCCUGAACUGAAACCAGCGCCUAAGAGUCACAAAUCAAAGGCUCAGCAGGCCGCUCAGGCCGCUGCUCAAGAGGCACGGCAGAAUGGUGGCGUAGUUUCUAGGAAACAUAACCUCUUUAACGGCCCCGAGCCGGGCGGGUUCAUGCACUUACCACUGCCAGGCAAUCCAUUCCAGUUCCCCCUGUCAUAUCGCAGUCACACAUUACCUCCUAUAUACAGCGCGCCCGAACCUCCCCCGCCGCCCCCGCCGCCCAAGUACCCGAUCGAGGAUUUGCAAGUCGAAUCUCGCGGCCUGGUGCGACCGCAACUCAAGUACCUGUGUGCCGAUCCGCCUGUCGACCUGGAACCCACUUUCAAGGCGCCUUUCGAUGGCAAGAUACUCAUGAAGUCGGUAGGACCCCUUCUCGAGACCUGGGAUACCCUCAACGUUUACUGCGAGAUCUUCAAGCUGGAUUCGUUCACUUUCGAUGACUUUGUGGAGGCCAUGCAGCUCGCCUCGGAGGAGAUGCCGGUACAGCUUUUCAACGAGAUUCAUUGCGCUGUCCUCAAGAUUCUGGUCAGCUCCGAGGCCGACGGCGGUAAGGUCCAAAUUCAGCUACCCGAGCUUGAAGAGGAGGAUGAGGAAGAGGAGGAUGAAGAAGAUAGCGCCGCCGCAACCCCUGAACCCGAGUCGCUACCUACCGCCCGCGCGACACGCAGCAGCCUCGCUAAGCUCGAGGCUGAGCGACUAGCUGCCGAGGCUGCUGCUGCCGAACGGGAAAUGCAGGAGGCCGAAGAUGCGCCCAAGCACCGUGCCGAGGAGGUUCUGAAGGACUACGACUGGAUCGAGCACCUGCGGAAGCGCGAUUUCAAGGACGGCGGCUGGGAGCUGAUCAUGGUCGGGUUGUUACACCAGCUGAGCAAGAACGAAAGGCUGAACGCGAGCUGCGAGGAACUUCUGGAGCAGCUUGUGCCUGUUGAGGAUGAAGAGCCGAGUCGCGAGACGGUGCGCGCGCGGUAUGCGAGCCUCGAUGUGAACUAUCGAGUUCAGGCUUUGCAGAUCAUCUGCAUGCUCACUGCGGAAACCAAGGCGAUAAGGGGGUAUAUGGAGGAUUGUAGCGAGCAGAUGACGGCGUACCGGAAGGAGAAGAUUGAGUGGCAGCGGAAGAGGAAACAAGCUCUUGAGGACCUCAAGAACUUGAACGACCAACGCAAGAUCUUACUCCCGGACAACAUGCCCCCGAGUCCGCCCUUGGAGUCAGCUAAGGUCAACGGCGUCAACGGAGCGCAUCCUAACGGCGAUGUGAAGAUGACGGAUGUUGAUGAGAUCUCCUUGACAGGAGGGGUUCAUAUUUCAGACGAAAUCCCCGACUCCGACGCCGAGGAUGCCGACGAGACGCCAACUAACGGCCUGCGUAAUCUGCGUCGUGGCAACGACCGUGCCGCCGAGCGCAAGCGCAAAGAGGAGGAGAAGAAGCAGCGCGCCGAAGCGGCGGCGGCCGCUGCCAAGGUGCCUAAGCAAUCAAAGCAGUUCCUGAAGGUACUCAAGGAUAUUCAGAAGAAGGAGGACGAAAUUGCGGAAUGCGAAAAGGAAAUCGCCAUCAUCGACAACGACCUUCGCGAAGCCGAUUGCCCGCGCACGAGGGUGCUCGGCAAGGACCGGUUUUGGAACAGGUACUACUGGUUCGAGAGAAACGGAAUGCCAUACGGUGGUUUACCCGACAGCUCCACGGCGCAUGCGGGGUACGCGAACGGUUGUAUCUGGGUGCAGGGGCCGGACGAGCUGGAGCGCGAGGGGUAUAUCGAUAUGAAGGAGGAGUGGCAGAACGAAUAUGUUGCCAAGUUCGGAAUCACCGUGCCGGAAAGGAAGAAGAGGGAGGAAGGCGGUACCAGCGUGUUCAAGGCCACGCAAUGGGGCUUCUACGAGCGUGCGGAGGACGUGGAUAAGCUCCUUGAGUGGCUGGAUCCGCGGGGUGUUAACGAGACUAAGCUGAGGAAGGAACUCGUCAACUACAGGGACCGAAUCCAAAAGGGCAUGGAGAACCGCAAGACCUACGUGGGACUUGAUACAGCUACAGAGGAAGAGAAAAAGGAAGAGAACGGUGCCACGGGUGGAGAUGCGAUGGAGGGUGUUGAAGCCAGCACUACGGCCGCCGUCGUCGAGGAGCAGCCCGUCCAGCCAACAACGAAAGGAGGAAGGGGCAAGCGGAGCACAAGAGGCAACAACAACAGCCGUGCGGCCACGACAACCAGACAAGUCACUCCUGAGCCACCAGCCUACAGAUGUCUCGCAUGGGUCAACACCACGGCCAUUGAGGAGAUUGGCCAUCUCCACGGAGAGGAACCACCCCCGGCCAGGAAUAGGAAGCAAAGCAAGAAGAAGCAGGAGGCGGCCGCUGCGAAGGAAGAGGUGGAAGUCCAGGUUGCACCAACAACAAGGAGCGGGAAGAAGAAGAGCGCGAGGUGAUAAGGUGAUACACUGACAGUACAAAGAUACCAUCACGAUUCUCGAUGUCCUGCUCUUAGAGAGCAACAGUAUUUUUUGGGGUUGACAGUUUACAUUAUCAUUAGUGCUGGGAGGGUGGGGCAUAUGGCGUGUGCGGCAGAUUAUCAACCUUUUGCGCGUCGUCUUUGCAAUCGUUCACGCGUAGCAUGUCAAGACACAUCUUUAUACACGGGCACUACUGUAUACAUAUAUAUAUAUAUAUAUAUGUAUACAUACAUACGUGGGUGAAUGGGGCCGGAUGGGAAGGAAAGACACGGAAUGGAUGGAUGGCAUAAGAAAGGAAGGGGCGUAUGAAAAGCAUUGGUUUUGGUUUAGUUGUCUUACGGAGGCAUUGCAUUGACUGCCGGUACUUUGUACCAUGGCAUAACGUAUACUUGACAGUUGAGUUCCUA